AUGGACGAAGAAAACACCCCCCUCACGGCCCUCUGCGCCAUCUGCCACGUCGGCCCCCUCAAGUACACGUGCCCGCGCUGCAGCAUCCACACCUGCUCGCUCCCCUGCGUGAAGCAGCACAAGACCCGCGCCCCUUGCUCCGGCGUGCGCGACCCCACGGCCUACAAGCGGCGCAGAGACCUCGUCUGCGCCAGCAGCAUCGAUUCCGACUUUAAUUUCAUCACGUCGCUGGAGCGGUCGUUGGCGCGGGCGGAGCAGGAGCAGGAGCAGGGGAAUGAAAACGGUGAUGGUGGGGCGUUGAGGGUGUCGGGUGCGAGCAGAGCGAAACAGACGGACUCGGCGAGGCUGGAGAGGCUGGUGAGGGAGAGUGGCGUGCUGUGGCGGCGGGCGCCGCGGGGGAUGAAGAGGAGGAAGGAGAAUGAGACGAGGGUCGAUCAUGGGGGCGUGAUGUGGACGGUGGAGUUCUUGCUGCCGGAUGGGCGGAGGAAAGUGGGUAAUGUGCUGGAGAAGAGUACGGUGCGGGAGGCGUGGGAGGGUGUGGUUAGGACGGCGCCGGCGCAGAAGAGUCUGGGAAAGAGGAAGCGUGGACCUGUUGUGCGGCAGGCGGGGGACGAUGGUGCCCCAGGAAAGAAGCAGAGUGCCGUUCUGGAGGCCUCGGAACGGCAGUCUGAAGGAUCUGACGCGGUGCCUAAAUCCCCCAGCCGAGAGGAUGCUGCUGUCGACGGCCCGCAGGCCGCUGAGUCGCAUCUCGACUCGGCUUCGUUGAUCACGUUCGAAAACAGCCACUUCUACCUCCUUCGACCGAACACGCCCUCGAAGCUCAAGGUGCUGAAGCACCUACAGCCCAGCGACAAGAUUGUGGAUAUCUUACGAGGCCGCACAGUCAUGGAGUACCCGACGCUCUACGUCAAGAACGAGCCACCAGAUGAGUUGCCUGCGCCGUGCAUGACUGAGGAGCGGUAUCUGCAAGAAUUCGGCGAAGACGUUGUCGUGCCUUCUGGUGACCGAGCUGCAUCGAAAGAAGAAGAAGAACAAGGCGAUGAGGGCGAAGAAGGGGAGAUCACAGAGAACAAGGACCUCAAGCAGGAGGCUGCCGAUCUGCUCCAUGCACUGGGUGAUCCGAGUAAAGUGCUGUCCGUCUUGCAGCAGGACGUUAAAUCAUGA